CUUUCUAUCCUAUUUUAAUAAUGCAUUACAAACUUUUGUUGGCGAUUUUCCCCCGAGACGAAUAUAUUUUUCUUUUUAACGAUAAAGGGUCGGUAAUUGCCGAAAAAUUUGUUUCAAAACAAAAUGUGUUUAAGGGCUUUUUUAAGCUGGUCAUCAGGGACUACUUUCCUAAGAAAGUGUUUGCCAAGCGGCUAUUUAAACUGCCAACGAUGAGCAUCGAUCGCCAGUCGAGCAAAGUUCUUAGUGCCAAGUGUUGUAGUGCUCAGCAUGAAGCUUCCUUCGGAGAUUUUCUGUACAAUUCUGCUUUUAAUUUUUGCGGACAAUUCAAAGGCAGAUAUUCCCGGCUGCAACUACUUCGACACGGUCGAUAUCUCAAACAUUGAAAGACAAAACGAUUCGUAUUUAUAUGAUGAUAUCCUAAUUCCUGCCAGCUUAACUGGAUACUACGAAUUCAGGGACUUUGGGGACGGAUCGAUUAGGCCGAUUAAAAGGCAUUUAAGGGCCUGUGUUUGCAGCGUGCGGCCCUGUAUACGAAUCUGCUGCCCAGCCAAGAAUUUUUUGCCCAACGGAAAAUGCGAGGAUGGUCUCAAAGAGGAGCUCGCCCGGUUCGAACCCUAUAUAUACCUCACAUCCAUGGACGGACAGAAACGAGUACCACUCACCGAUAUGGCUAUUAUCAGAGAUGAGUUCUGGGAUUGUGAUGAAAUGAUUUUCAUCAGCGACUUCAACUAUUUCUUAGAACAGGAUGGAACAUUUUGGGUUACCGUUGACCGUUUCAUGGAAAAACAGGACUACUGUUUGUACCGGCACAACUUUGAUUCGGAUUUUCCAAAGUCCAUGUGGAUAAUACGACACCGCUGCACAACCUACGUAUCACCAGGAUCCUUGGAGAUUCUAAUUGUUACAUUAAUAUGCUUUGUUCUAACAAUCGCCGUAUAUCUGUACACUAAGAAGCUGCGAAAUGUGACUGGCAAGUGCAUUAUAUGCUGUAUAUUUUCGAGGUUUAUCCAGUGCUUGAUCAUGGUACUAGAUCAUUUUAAACUAUUGAAUGCCAUCUGCUCUCCAGCUGGUUACAGCUCGUACUUUUUCCGGAUGGCUGCCAAUCUCUGGCUCUCUGUCAUCAGCUACCAUAUGUGGAAAGUCUUGACGUCACUCAAUAGAGCUGAAAAUUCCUAUCGGUUCCUGCGGUACAACGCCUUCGUCUGGAGCACAGCCGCUAUCAUGACGGGAAGUAUUUAUCUGGUUAAUCAUAUUUGGGAAAACGAUCCCAGUCAAUGGAACUGGUUGCCUCUGGUCGGUUUUAUUCGAUGCUCGGUCAAAGAUUGGCACCCAUCCAUCUGGAUCUAUAUAAGUGGACCGUCGCUGGUCCUGAGUACUUUCAAUGUCACCAUGUUCACCCUGACAACCAUUUACAUUUGGAAAGUGAAGGGGGAAGUAAAGAAGUUCACAAAUGAGGAGGAGGGAAGGAUUGGUUGCAUCAACUUCGACAGCCAGACUUACCUACAGUUCCUGCGCCUCUCCAUCGUGAUGGGCCUUACUUGGAUAUUUAAUGUCAUUCCGGCUUCUGCACGACUCCACAUCUUCUGGGAAUGGGUCGGGAUAAUAUCCGAGUAUUUUCACAGCGCGUUUGGAAUUGUCAUUUUCGUUCUGCUCGUCCUGAAGCGCAGCACAUGGACUCUACUGAUGGAUUCUUAGGCUUGUUUCUACUGGACCGUGUUUUAUAUAAUUCGAAUAAUUGACUUGCAUUUUUUCCUAGGGAGAAGAAUAAAUUAGUGCUUGUAAAUAGGAUAGAACUUCUUACAGAACAAGUAAAAGUUGUUCAAAUAAAAUGGAAUGCUUCUCAUUAACAGAAUAGAUACA